AUGGCCCGUGUGGCGGUGAUGCGUCUUCUCGAACAAGGAACACCCGCCGAUAAUGUCCUUAAAGCGGCGGAAAUGUUGGACAAGAGUUGUCUUGCCAUGUGCGAAGGUCAGUUCACUGACCUGAGUUUCCAGGACCGAAUGCUAGUUACCAUGGGCGAGUACGACGAAAUGAUUGCCCGGAAGACCGGAGCCCUGACCGGGUUCGCCGCAGCAGGAGGGGCGUUGGCUGCUGGGGUCGAUGACGCCGUACAAACCAGGAUGCGCGAGUUGGGCGUGAAACUGGGCAUGGCCUGGCAAAUAUCCAGGGACAUUGCAGACUUUUGGGGGAAAGGCGGCGACGGCGCCACCGCCAGCAACGCCCUCAACAAGAAAAAAGAGCUUGCCCCUUAUCUACACACUGGAGAACUGCAGCACUUCGGCCAAGCGCGAGAUAGGAACAGCUUACAUGAAACGGGUCCUGGAGGGCGGAGACCUCACCAGAGUCAUCGAAAUCAUGGAUGA